AUGCGGGGCACUGAGCUGCUCCUCGGUUACUUUCUGGUGAAAGUUAUGGUGUGCAACGCGGAGGGCGAGCCGGGUCAGACCGUCGACGACUUCAUGCUGGUGACCGGGUUUAACGACUCAAAGGAAGGGGAUAGCGGAGUCACGGAGAGCCCGCACAUUGAGGACAAGUGCCGCGGCUACUACGACGUGAUGGGCCAGUGGGAUCCGCCGUUCGUGUGCAGGACGGGCAGCUACCUGUACUGCUGCGGCACCUGUGGCUUCAGGUUCUGCUGCGCGUUUAAAAGCUCCCGGCUGGACCAGACCACCUGUAAAAACUACGACACCCCGCCGUGGGUGAUGACAGGAAGACCACCAAAAGUGGACGUGUCGCUGGACACCGCAAAGGAUAAAACCAACAUCAUUGUGUAUGUCAUAUGCGGGGUCGUGGCCAUAAUGGCACUGAUAGGAAUUUUCACCAAGCUGGGUUUGGAAAAGAUGCACCGUCCGCACCGAGAAAAUAUGUCAAGAGCUCUUGCACAUGUUAUCCGCCAUCCUGCCUCAGAACAUACGGACGACAUUGGACUUGGCCAGCACUAUGACAACAUACAAACCAGAGUCACAGUUAACAGUCUCCAUAGCAACCACAUAAACAACGUGGCUCAAGCAUCAACUUUGAUAACACAGCUUUACCCGGCUGUGGGACACAUUACCAGCCCCUAUGAACAACAGACGCCUGUCAAGGAUCUCAACAAGUAUGCCACGCUCAAGGCUGUGGCAGAGAAAGCUAAUGGCAGCUUCUACAGCCACCGGCGGCAAGUGAUUGAGAUGACAUCCAAGGGCAGCCUUCCCAUGGAAGCUGUGGAAAUGGAGCCAGAGCCGAGUAAUCCUUACAGCCCACCUAGACAGCUGUCUGUAAAGCAGAAUGGACACAAGUACAAAAGCCCCAAGAGCCACAGCUCCCAGCUGCUGUCCUACAGCUCCAACACUGCUGCCAGCCCGGGGCGGCUAAGAUCCUGGGAGAGCAAGGACAUGCUGGGACUCCGACAGAGCUAUGGCCAAAAGAAACUCUGCAUCAUAGAGAAGGAGCUGCACACCACUCGCUACAUGCCCCCACAACCAUACUUUGUCACCAACAGCAAAACAGAAGUGACAGUAUGA